AUGCUGACGCCAGCGGUGGCCGUUGGCAUUGCGGCCGGCGCUGUGGUGUUCGUGGGCUCGCUGCUCGCAGUGUUUAUGCUACUGCGACAUGGCGGGUCGUUCGAGCGCAUGCAGCAGGAGGCAGCGGGGCUGCCGACGACGUUGGGGGAGCAGAAGCCGCUGCUGUACGACGAACUGCUGGAGAAGGCAAAGACUUGGGGCGCUCGUCCAGCGCAGCUGGGCACGGACCAGUUGCUGGAAGGGAAGUGCGUCUGCGUGAGGGACUUUUGCGCCUAUAGAGACGCUGCGGAUCUCUUUGCUAUCUCGAGUGGGGAGCGACGCGGCGGUCUCUUUCGCGACGUGACGUACGACGCCGACGAGAUGAUCUGGAGGUACCUCCCACACGGACCGUUUGCGUCAGCCGCUGCGUUUCAGCGGUUCUACGCGACGGAGAAGGACGAUGCACGUCACUUUGUGCUGGUGCAUCGAGAGAGCAAGCAGUCGAUUGGAAUGGUGACGCUGGGCGAGCACUCGCCGACAGACCUUCGUAUCGAGUUGAUGCACUUGUGGCUCACGCCGGCUUUCCAGAACACCACGGCAAUGACAGAGAGCGUUUUGCUGCUGUUGACGUAUCUGUUCGAUAGGGGAUACCGUCGAGUGGAGUGGCGGUGUGACGGGCACAAUGUUCGCGCUCGACGUGCUGCGCACUCGUUGGGAUUCACUUUUGAAGGUGUGAUGCGGAAGCACCGAAUCGUCAAGAGCUGCAACUGCGACACUGUUGUCUUUGCGGCUAUCAACAGCGAGUGGAAGGUCAUGCGAGGGCAUCUCGAACACAAGCUCUGGCAAGCGCUGCAUAGGGAUAGUGGUGAGUCGGACGUGAAGAAGACGCAAUGA